AUGGAGAAGAUCCUUGUCCUCCUGCUCGUCACCCUGGCUGUAGCCUAUGCGGUUCCCGACCCCCGGGGAAUCAUUAUCAGCCUGGAGGACGGCGAGCUCUGCCUGAACAGCGCCCAGUGCAAGAGCAAGUGCUGCCACCGCACAAGCGGGCUGAGCCUGGCCCGCUGCGCACCCAAGGCCAGCGAGAACAGCGAGUGCUCUGCCAAGACGCUCUAUGGGGUUUACUACAAGUGUCCUUGUGAGCGGGGCCUGACCUGUGAUGCGGACAAGUCCAUCGUGGGCUCCAUCACCAACACCAACUUUGGCCUCUGCAAAGAUACUGGACGCUCGCUGGAAUGAAACUGCCCACCCAGCCCUGCCCCUAGCCCAGCACACAGAAGGACCUCCUUCAGCACCUCUACCUGACUGGCCACU